AUGUUAUACCUGUGGAAUUUUCGAUGUUUUUUCUUCACUCUACUAUUUGAGUUAUUAAGUUCACAAUAUACGACAAAAACUUGGUUAUCAUCGAAUUUUUCAAGCUUACAAUUAUUAGGCCUCUUUGAAGACGUAUCAAACUCAUCGAAUUCAACCGAUUUUGCUGUUCAUUCACUUGCAAUGUUUAAAGCUGCAAUACUUCUUUCUCACCAAUACAACAUAACAGUUAACGGAGAAUACAUCGGAUGGCAAACUGUACAGACCAGAGGCGAUGUGAUCGAUUCCCUUAGUAGUUCAUGUCUUGCAGUCUCAACCGAAACGAUUAUUGGUAUUGUUGGUCCAAUAUACUCGAGAGAAGCUCACAUUAUCGCUGCAUUCGCCAAUAGAAUCGGUAUUCCAGUGAUAUCUUUCUCUGCGACUGACCCGGAUUUAACUGAUCGGAAUACUUAUCCAGCUUUUUUUCGUACAGUUCCUCCAGAUAACAUAGCUGCAUUAUCAAUUGCACAACUAUUCAUUAAGUUUAAUUGGACUUCAUGCAUAAUAAUUUAUCAAAAUGAUAAUUUUGGAACAGGUGGCGCCAACGCACUUGCACAGGUAUUUAAUGAUUAUGGUUUUCAGGUGUGCCAGACACUUGUUUUCGAUAUUGCCAAACUGUGCAUUCAAGGUGACUUGCAAGCGUCUUUAACUGGAAGCACUACACGCAUUGUGAUAUUGUGGGCUCAACCAACUUAUGCAUCUUUGAUUUUAAAGUUUGCGCUUAACCUUGAUCUACUCGGUCCGCAAUUCACAUGGAUAUUGAGUUCAGAAGUUCCAUUGAAUUCUUUUAAUCAAACAUUCUUACAAAAUUUAAUUGGAAUGUUAACGAUCGAACCCACAGUAGGAGAUGUUUUGGGUAAACUAAUCAAUACAACAUUGUUAGAUGCUGCAUAUCGUAUAUGGGCACAGUAUGAACCUGCAUCGUUUCCUGGGGCAGCAAAAGUUAAUAAUUACGCACUAUUUGCAUUUGACGCAACUUGGUCAUUGAUUCAGUCAUUGCAAAAUCUUUGUCCAACAAAUAUCAAAAAUGCUUCUUCAUGCAUGUCAUUUAUCGCUUCUUCAUUCUGUUACGAUAACCGUUUUCUAAAUGCCAACUCCUUUUUCAAUCAAAUUAUCGGUAAUCGAUUUCUUGGUGUAUCAGGUCCUAUACAAUUCAGUGCGAAUGUAACAAAUCGCGUAGCUGGUGAAUAUUAUUUGGCACGAAAUAUUCAAGCGUCUUUCAACACUUUCAAUUACAUACCAAUAUUAGAAUGGUCUGAUGACGAAACUUGGAAGACACUUAAAGAACUAAAUGCGAUUGUGUGGCCUGGUAACGUCUUAACACCUCCUAGCGGCCAUCCAAUACUUACAAAUGUUACUUUACGUAUUGGCGUUAUUGUGUCUCCUCCGUUUACAAUGAUUUCAAGCAAUACAGAUAAAAAUGGGCAAAUUGACGUUAAACUAGUCGGUUACGUACCUGACCUUAUUAAUCGUUUACAGAACGAUAUGGGAUUCAUUCCUAAUGUCAUAUUAGCACCACCGAAUCAGACCUACGAUGGAUUAGUCAAUGCAGUCGCAAACGGCGUGUAUGAUAUAGUCGUAGCUGAUGUCACAAUUACUUCUGCACGAAGAGGAAUAGCAGAAUUUUCCACUUCGAUUUUUGGCAAUGCCUUAAGUAUUAUUAUGCGUUCAAAAACAGUCACUCAGAAAGAUCUACUUUCAUUUUUAAAACCUUUCUCGUUUAAUCUGUGGAUGACGCUCUUAGCUGCUAUCACCUUUGCUGCUUUCUUAGUCUCUCUGAUAGAACGAUUUGAUAAUCAAAUAUUACACAAUAGAUCGUUUGUUUCGUCUGUGACUAUGAGUUGGUGGUACUCUAUAGGCACAAUCAUGGGAUAUGGUGCAGAUUUUCAGGUUGUAACAGCUGCAGGACGCCUAUUAACUGUCGGAUUAUAUAUCAUGAGUUUAGUGUUGGUAGCAACCUAUACUGCCAAUUUAACAUCUGAUUUGACAAUCACAAAGUCACAAUUUGUCAUAUCUGGGGUCGGCGAUAUAAAAAAUGGAAAAAUUCCGUUUAACCGUAUCGGCAUCUGUAUUGGUACAGCCGCUGAAGCUUAUUUUUUGCACGAAAUUUCUGCAGGCAUUAGAAGCUAUUAUCCAUUAAGUUCUGGACCGGAUAUGUACGAUGCUUUACUGAAUAAUUUAAUUGAUGCAUCGCUCACGGAUAGUGGAAUUGCAGAAUAUAUGACAAAUAAUGUAUAUUGUAAUUUAUCUUUGGUCGGUCCAGCUUUCGAUCAGAGUUCAUUGGCGAUUGUCAUCCCUAAAGGCUGGCUUUAUGAGCAAGAUUUAGAUGUUAACUUAUUGGCGCUACGAGAGGCAGGUGCUCUUGAUGAAUUGAAAAAAAAAUGGUUUGAGACUAAUAUUUGUACUGCUAAUCCCAGUAACCCAACUGGGAUAACGUUGGAAGCAAUGAGUGGAUUAUUUCUUACUUUUGCAGUCAUUUGCGCUUUAUCCAUUAUAUUAUUCAUAUGGACAAAACGUUGGAAUAUGAUAAAUUACUUGUUUAAAUUAGCUGGCCGUAGCAGUCCAUUGUCUAAAAAGGGUACUACUGUGACAAGAUGUACGCCAGAACCUCCGAAACACUCAGAAAGCUUUCAUCAAAGUUCAAACGGAAGGAUGUGUUUUUAA